AUGAUGAAAGACACAAAAGUUGAUAAAUGGUUGUUACGAAAAGGACAACCAAUUGUGGCACAAAUUUCAGUUGUUUUAGUUGACCCAAAUAUUUUUUCUGAUCCGAAAAGUUUUCGACCAGAACGAUUUUUGGACGAAAAUGGAAAUUUACUCAAGUCUGACCAUUUAAUUCCUUUUGGAUUGGGGAAGCGCCAAUGCCUUGGAGAGUCUUUGGCUAGAAUGGAAUUGUUUCUAUUUUUUGCUAAUAUAUUUAAUCGUUAUAUGGUAAAUAUUUUAAAUACUGUAAAUACUCUAAUUGAAACCCUGGGCUUAUAUUUUUCAAUGUGUCUCUUUAGAUGGGCCUAUAUUAGAGGUGGGCUUCUACAAGAGGCUGGGCUUCAAUUAGAGUAUUUACGGUAA